CGUCACCACUCCUAGUCAUUCGUUCGUUUCUCCAAUUGCCACUAGGCUAUUUCUUGGAAUAGGAGCCGACAUUUUAUCAAUUCAUUGAUCCAUCAAGUCAGAAGCAAUGGCAUCGCAAACCAUCUACCCUAACAGCCAUGUCGGUUUCGACAGCAUCACCUCUCAGAUCGAGCGCAAGCUCUUGAAGAGAGGUUUUCAGUUCAAUGUCAUCUGCGUUGGCCAAACUGGCUUGGGAAAGUCGACUCUGAUCAACACCAUCUUUGCAUCCCACCUUAUCGACUCGAAAGGUAGAAUGGUACCUGAUGAGCAGAUUCGCUCCACCACCGAAAUCCACCCCGUAUCGCAUGUUAUCGAGGAGAAUGGCGUCCGCCUAAAGCUCAACAUCGUCGACACCCCGGGCUAUGGUGACUUGGUCAACAACGACCGCUGCUGGGACCCCAUCGUCAAGUAUAUCAAGGAUCAGCACUCCGCAUACCUACGAAAGGAGCUCACAGCACAGCGAGAGCGUUACAUUCCGGAUACCCGUAUCCACUGCUGCUUGUUCUUCAUCCAGCCCUCGGGCCAUUCUCUGAAGCCAAUCGAUAUCGUAGUAUUGAAGAAGCUUUCCGACGUUGUCAACGUCGUGCCGGUUAUCGCCAAGGCCGACACUCUGACCCUGGAAGAGAGACAAGAGUUCAAGGAGCGAAUCAAGGAGGAGUUUGCUUUCCACAACCUCAAGAUGUACCCUUAUGACAACGAUGAGCUCGAUGAGGAAGAGCGUUCAAUCAACACUCAGAUCAAGAGCCUUGUUCCCUUUGCUGUUGUGGGUUCCGAGAAGUCAAUCAUUGUCAACGGCAAGCAAGUUCGUGGACGUCAAAACCGAUGGGGUGUGAUCAAUGUUGAAGAUGAAAACCAUUGCGAAUUCGUCUACCUGAGGAACUUCCUACUCCGAACCCAUUUACAGGAUCUCAUCGAGACUACUUCGCAGAUUCACUACGAGACCUUCCGUGCCAAGCAAUUGUUGGCGCUCAAGGAGAGCAGCGCACAAGGCCACGGCAGCAGACCGAUCAGCCCUGCCGCAGAUCGCGAAAUGAGCAGGAGCUCUCAACGGAUGACUAUGAACGGUUACUAAGUCGUCGUCUAAUUUUCUUUGUAUGCUUUCUACGAGGCGUUCCUCGGAUUCCAGGCUUUCCCAUCCCCGCGAAAGAUCUUUAAUUGCCCUUUACGACUAUUACAAUGAGCGGCUCCGGUGACUAGGAUGCAACGUGAGAGGGGGCGACUCAUUUUAAUAAUUACUCCGAGGGCCCUAAAAGUUCCCUUAGGAUGGGAUACCCAAAACUGCGUCCGCGUGGGAAAACAUUUGAGGUUACGUGAGGAGGCGUAUUUGAAGCUAAGGUCAGAUAUGGUUGACCUGUCUGGGUUGUU